GUUAAAUUCUUGAGCUAAAGGUACUCUAACGCGUACAAAACAAAUUGAGAAAUGACAAGCUUCCCUAAACUCUUCUCUUCUCCCCCAAAACUGACCUUAAUUCCGGCAUCUUUUAUUCAUCGAUUUCUAAUCUCUCUCCCUUCCGGUCAACCCUCGGCUACAGGAAACAAUUUGACAAACUACCCUCUCUACUUUCUCUCUCAAGAACCCAAUUUCAGAUCGGUGUCGAUUUUCAACCCCGGCGGGAAUUGGGAGUUCGGUUGAUGGAAGACAACGACGAGAUGGAGUCUGGUUCGUCAGAAGGGACGGAAUCUCCAGCGCCGCCGAGAUCCGACGGGAGGAUAGCGGUGACGGUCGCUGUCCCUGCCCCUCCACAAAGCACCAAAUGCCUGGCCCUGGCCUUACCCGUGCAGCAACAGGGGAAGCCGGCGAGUGGCGGCCGAGAAGAUUGCUGGAGCGAGGAUGCGACGGCGGUGCUGAUUGACGCCUGGGGGGAGCGGUACCUGGAGCUGAGCCGGGGGAAUUUGAAGCAGAAGCACUGGAAAGACGUGGCGGACAUUGUGAGCAGGCGGGAAGGGCACACGAAAACCCCAAAGUCAGAUGUGCAGUGUAAGAACCGGAUCGACACGGUGAAGAAGAAGUAUAAGCUGGAGAAGGCGAAGAUGGGAGGCGGACAUGGGCCCAGCAGGUGGGCUUUCUUCGAGAAACUGGACCGGUUGAUCGGGCCCGCUGCGAGGAUCAACUACAGCGCCGCCGCAGCUGGGCCGUCGGUGAACGGAGCACUAGUGAGGUCGUCCGCUCCACAUCUCCGGCAACACCAGCCACCGUCUCCACCGGUGCAGCAGAAGCACAGACUGCGGUCUUUUCCGAAAAAGUCUCAGGUGGAUUCGGACUCGUCGGAUUCAUUGCAGCUUGACGACAGAAAGAGGCGGAGGUUUGAGCGGAUGCAAACCGUGAAUCUGAGGAGCAAUAAUAAUAGCACCAAUGAGUUGAAGUCAGGGGGAGGAAGGGAAAGAGAUGAAGAGGCAGGAGGGAAUUGGGGGAAAUCAGUGAGAGAGAUGAGCGGGGCGAUACUGAAAUUCGGGGAAGCAUACGAGCGGACGGAGAGGGCGAAAAUGGAGCAAAUGGUGGAGAUGGAGAAGGAGAGGAUGAAGUUAGUGAAAGAGAUAGAGUUGCAGAGACUGCAGUUCUUCAUGCAAUCACAGAUGGAUCUUUUCGCAUCCGCUGCUUCAGCUUCCCAAUAGAACAGCCAGCGGUAACAUCUUCACGGGACUAAUCUUUAUUCCAGAUUAUCAAUACAACAACACAAACAUCUAAUUUGUGUGAAUGAAUGAAUGAAUAUUUAAUUGAUUUGAUAGCUAGUCUUCACUUAAUCCUCAUUCAUCUUCUUCGCCUAAACAAAACAAUGAUCCACAUUUAUUUAGCUUAUCUGUAAGACUGUAACUCAUGCAUACUGCGCCUCCCAAGGGGCAAUGUUGAUUGGUUUAGUCAAUCACCAAAGUUAAUUACAUUCUUCGUCCUCCAGAAUCGUCGUUCUAAUUCC